AUGACUUCCAAUCCCCUUGUUACUGCCCGAGGACAUACAGAUUCAGUAACAGCGUUGUCACUCUCUGACAGUCUCCUAGCUUCUGGAGGUGAGGAUGGAAAUACAUAUCUCUGGUCUUUGGACGAAAGUCAGUUCCCCGUGCUCUCUGCUCCGAGACUAGAUCAUUGUUCUAGUCUCAAGUUUAGUGGAAAAAGUUCUCACCUUCUUUACAGUGCAUAUGGUCACCAAAUUGUCUCAUGGGAUAUUCGACGUAUGAGUGAACCGUUUAUCGUCAACGACGAUGAAGUCAACUCAAUUGAUUUUUCUGAGAGUGAACAUCGUCUUUCGUCUGCAGAUGAUUCUGGGACUGUUCAGAUUGUUGACGUGAAUAAUGGCCAGGUUAUACGUACUCUUAGAAAGCAUGAUAACAUAUGUUCUUCAGCUAAAUUUCGUCCAGGUCGGACCUGGCAAUUGGUUAGUGGUGGUCUUGACUGCAGAGUUAUCGUCUCUGAUUGGAAAGGUUCGGGUCUCGGUGUAAUCAUUUUUGAAAUGGAUGAGAUCGUUGGGUGUCCCGAUGAAACCUCACAAUCUGUCCCAACCGAUUCUGAUUGGCGCCAUGAAUCCAGCGCAAGUAGUGAUGACAAUGCAGAAAUCGAUUAUGAUAAUCUAAAUGACACAGAAGAUUAUGAAGCUACUUAUGCGACUGGACAGUCCCAAAUGGUUGUUGACAGUAGUUCAUUAAGUCCGUCCUCUGGCGUUGGUUCUGAGUCCAGAAGUGAACACUCUGUUUUAAAUGAAGAUGAAUUUCUCAGAAUUACUAGUGACCAUUCGUAUUCACGAAGUCGUGACAUGGAACGAAGCGAGCAGUCACAUGUAUACGAUCACCGCACACCAUCCAAUCAUGUAACGUGGAGGUCCGGUUUGCCAAUUAACCCUCCAAUGGUUCAUUCCAUUGCUUGUUCAGGGUCUGGAGAUUUCGUAGCUGCGGGGCUUGAAAGUAGUACAAUCGAAUUAUUCGCGGGUGAUGGCAAGCGUUUGAACCAUUUAGAGUCACUCUACGGUCACACACGGGGAGUAUCGGCUCUUCAUUUCAUUGACGUAUGUUUGGAUUUACAUUGUUAUUUAUUCAUACGAGUCCCGAUUGUAACUUAACAUGUUUUAUUUCAUAAUAAGGAACAAAUGGUUUCAACGGCAGUCUUAGUAUACCUUUUCACGGCAAGUACAGCUUAAAGUCAUUAUCAAGUCCCAGGUUGUGGUUACUACUUCUUAUUAAUAUAACCAGUUAUUUUAUAUGAAGCGACUCAGCAAUGAUGGCCAUAUUUUUGUUGGGAAUUCUUAUUGAAUUGAUAAUAUUGGUUACAUAUGUUUAUGCACUGAACUUAGGUAUUUUGAUCAAAGAAUUCAUGUUAAUUCCUGAAAGAAUACUUUCAAAAAUUAAAUAGGCUUAUAACCACUCCAUAGUACUAGUUUCUUUCUAAAUGGGUUCUACAUCUAAAUACAG